UGUGGCGGUUCCCAUAUGAUGGCGACGGUAUGGUGGGCCCCCUCCCCUUUGCGUGCUUCCGGACGCAACCAUAUGAAGGGGGUCUGGUACCGAGGAAUCUUAGUUUCUCUUUAGAGACCCCCCUUGACUACAGAUGGUCACAGUCACUGUUUUUCUCUUCUGAUUACAAGUCAUAAAGUUUACGAAGCACCUGCGAUACGGCAACCUUAAAAAUGACAAAUAUCAAGAAGUUUUUCCAAAUAAGGAAUGUAUUAGUUUCCUUAUAUGGAAGUGACCGCGUUUGGCAAAAACGAAAAUUUCUGGCAAAAUUUUCUUUAUAUGUAAAAUUAACUAAUUCAUCCUAGUUUUAUAUCCCCCCCCCCUUCAUGUCGGGAGCUGGAUCCGCCCCUGUAAUGUUAUCACCAUCAUCAACAGCCAGCGAGAGAAAUCGUUACCCCCGGUCCUAUUUGGGUGAAGAAAGAAAAAAACAAAAGUGGGAAGCUGAAAUCGUGCAUACUCAAAAAAACGCAGAAGUCCAUGAAGGUCGCUCCGAUUUCUAGUUCAUUUCAUUUUCACAGUGAUUGGUUAGCUUCCAGUUGGCUUUCGGGACUCCUGUGGCGCGCAAAAGUGGAGAAGUUGUUUUUUGUAGGAGUGGGGGAUGGGGUUAACAGCUUGUUUUUCGCUUUAGAGCAGAAUAAUUAUAGAGUGACUUAAUAUAUUAAAAUCUUUUUUCAUCAUACACACCUCCGUUGAUAAAAAUAAUUUUAUAGCUCGAAUUCGCGUUCAUUCUUUUUUUUUAUGCCCGGGUUGCUGUUGCUUUUGAAAAAAAAGUUGUAUAAAUCUUAUGUGUCUAAAUCGCGAAAGAGUAAAAGAAAAAGACAGCAGAACAGUGAAAGGAGAACUCGAAUAGCCUGCGUAGCAAGCGGGAAGACCCUUCCCCCUUCUCGCUAAAACUCCACAGAAACGCUUGCGGGCAAUUGCAGGCUAAAACUGGAAGAGUUUGAGUCUCAACUCUCGCCGUGUUCGUGAGGAUUCCACAGGAGUCCCGUCUGACAUAUUGAUCACAAAAAGAAUCCUUGUUGGGCUGCCUGUUUGUUUCACAAAAAAGAUCAAAAUGGCGGACGAGUCGCGUGGUGAGAAGUCUUUCCUAUCACCUUGUUUGACGUUUGAAUGGAUAUAUUCAAGGCCACUUAUCCGGGACAGGAGUAGAGUAAUUUUAGCCUCAGUUGUUGCAAUUAAAGAAGUGUUAUGGGAGAUAAAAGUCAGGAGGAAAUUAUGUCAGAGAAGAAACAUAUAAAACAACCGUCCAACGAAUUCCAAUUUUUGGUCAAAGAUUUGGUCUGCAAGCAGGAAAUAAAAAUUGAACCAGAACUUUUUGAUUUGAAAAGUAUUGCAGAGGAGACAUCAAAAGCGUUGAAUUCAAGUGAGAAGCCAUACAAAUGUGAUAAAUGUGGCAAGUGCUUUACUCGAAAAUCACACCUAAAGACGCACCUGAUGAUUCACUCAGGACAGAAACCGUACGAAUGUGAUGAAUGUGGCAAGUGUUUUUCCGAAUCUGGAAACUUAAAAAGACACCUGAUGAUUCACUCAGGACAGAAACCACACGAAUGUGAUGAAUGUGGCAAGUGCUUUACUCUAAAAUCACACCUAAAGACGCACCUGAUGAUUCACUCAGGACAGAAACCGUACGAAUGUGAUGAAUGUGGCAAGUGUUUUUCCGAAUCUGGAAACUUAAAAAGACACUUGAUGAUUCACUCAGGACAGAAACCGUACGAAUGUGAUGAAUGUGGCAAGUGUUUUUCCGAAUCUGGAAACUUAAAAAGACACCUAAUGAUUCAUAAAGGACAGAAACCAUACAAAUGUGAUGUAUGUGGCAAGUGCUUUACUCUAAAAGAACAACUAAAGAAACACCUGAUGAUUCACUCAGGACAAAAACCAUACGAAUGUGAUGUAUGUGGCAAGUGCUUUACUCGAAAAGCACACCUAAAGACGCACCUGAUGAUUCACUCAGGACAGAAACCUUACAAAUUUGAUGUGUGUGACAAAGGCUUUACCCGACAUGCAGACCUGAAAAGACACCUAUGGAUUCACUCAGGACAUAAACCAUACAAAUGUGAUGAAUGUGGCAAGUGCUUUAACCAAUCUGGAGACCUGAAAACACACUUAAUGAUUCAGUCAUGACAGAACCCAUACAAAUAUGAUGUAUGUGGCAAAUGCUUUACUCAAAAA